AUGGAUAAAAUAAAGAAGCUUAAUUUAGAUUCUGAUUAGUUUUCAAUUGACUACUUAAGACCGAUUCCUUCCCUCAUUAACUCAAAUAAUUUUUAUUGGAAUGAGAAUUGCAUGCUUAAUAAUAUAUAAUGGAAUUAUACUCUUCAAAUCAACAGUGAUAAAUUGAGUUCGGUAAAGGAAAUUAUAUAGAAAGCUUGUUGUACUUAAGUCAGUGAUCAAGAAUUCAAAUUGAUUUAAGACUUUUUAUAAAAUGAUGAAUUUUUAUUAAAAAAUUGUGGUUUUACUACAUAAAAAUUACCUGAUUUAAUAGAAAAUAAUGCAAACUUAGUAUUCCUUUUUUUAGUCAAAAAUGUGAAGUCAUCUGAUUUCUAAGAUUACUUGGAUGUUUUUAUCAAUAUUGAUGUUACUCCUGCUACAAUUGAAUUAAUUGCGAUGAUAAAUUAUUCUAUGAAAAUACCUCCUGAUUUCGUUACAUAUUAUGUGUAUUAUUGUAUUUAAUAUUGUAAUAAUAUUAAAGAAAAAUCAACAUAAACGAAAAUAGUUAAAUAUGUCAGCAUUUUUAUACGCCAUUUUUUAAAAACUAAGGCGAUUGUGAUUAAAGAUCUUCUGACUGAACUACAAGCAUUUUGUAUAGAAUUUACAAGAGUUAAUGAAGUAUCUCAACUUUUCAAAUCAGUAAAAUCUUUCAAUGAAUUAGGAGUAUGA